AUUGUAUCAUGUCAGGAGUGCAUGAACAUGCCAUAUGCCAAGUCAGCAGAGUAUGACAUGCAUGUGACAUAAUGACAUUCAUUGCAUUGUCAAUUAACAUCACUUGUAAAUCACAUGUAAUUAGUACAUACGAUAAACAUGGCAGAAUUAGAACCAGGUCCUCUGCAUCUUGCUUGUAAGAAUGGUCACUAUCAGACUGUGGAAACUCUCCUGAACCAUGGAUACAAUGUGAAUGGAACAGAUGAUGAUGGAUUCACCCCUCUCAUGUUGGCAUGCGAAUAUGGCCACACUGACAUUGCGAUACUGCUGCUGAGUAGAGGAGCACAAGUAAACAUGCAAGAUAAUCAUGGGUGGUCUGCUCUGAUGAUAGCAAGUCACAAUGGGCAUAGCGAUGUCGUUAAAGUAUUGAUAGAAAAAGGAGCACAAGUGAACAUGCAAACGAAUGAUGGGCGGUCUGCUCUGAUGAUAGCAAGUCAACAUGGACAUAGCGAUGUCGUCAAAGUAUUGAUAGAAAAAGGAGCACAAGUAAACAUGCAAGAUAAUGAUGGGCGGUCUGCUCUGAUGAUAGCAAGUCAAUAUGGGCAUAGCGAUGUCGUUAAGGUAUUGAUAGAAAAAGGAGCACAAGUGAACAUGCAAGAUAAUGAUGGGCGGUCUGCUCUGAUGAUAGCAAGUCAAUAUGGGCAUAGCGAUGUCGUUAAGGUAUUGAUAGAAAAAGGAGCAGAAGUGAACAUGCAACAUAAUAAUGGAUGGUCUGCUCUGAUGAUAGCAAGUCAAACUGGACAUAGCGAUGUCGUUAAAAUAUUGAUAGAAAAAGGAGCACAAGUGAACAUGCAAACGAAUGAUGGGCGGUCUGCUCUGAUGAUAGCAAGUCAAUAUGGGCAUAGCGAUGUCGUUAAGGUAUUGAUAGAAAAAGGAGCAGAAGUGAAUAUGCAACAUAAUAAUGGAUGGUCUGCUCUGAUGAUAGCAAGUCAAACUGGACAUAGCGAUGUCGUUAAAAUAUUGAUAGAAAAAGGAGCACAAGUGAACAUGCAAACGAAUGAUGGGCGGUCUGCUCUGAUGCUAGCGUGUUAUAAUGGACAUAGCGAUGUCGUUAAGGUAUUGAUAGAAAAAGGAGCAGAAGUGAACAUGCAACAUAAUAAUGGAUGGUCUGCUCUGAUGAUAGCAAGUCAAAAUGGACAUAGCGAUGUCGUUAAAGUAUUGAUAGAAAAAGGAGCACAAGUAAACAUGCAAAAUAAUAAUGGGUUCUCUGCUCUGAUGAUAGCAAGUCAAAAUGGACAUAGCGAUGUCGUCAAGGUAUUCAUAGAAAAAGGAGCACAAGUAAACAUGCAAGAUAAUGAUGGAUGGUCUGCUCUGAUGCUAGCGUGUUAUAAUGGGAGAAAGGAAGUAGCUCAGAUACUGCUUGACCAUCACGCUGAUAAAAAUAUUCGAGAUAGAAAUGGUAAAAAUGCUCUUAGUUUGGCAAGUGAAGCAGGGUGCACUGAAAUGGUUGAGUUGUUACUACCCUACGAGCACAGAGACACUACCUCAAGCAGUACAUCCACAGAAGAACCUCCAGCGAAGCGGGUAAAGAUUAAAAAAGGAGAAGACGAUAUUUCACUGUCUAAAGAGGUAGAAGCAGUCACUAACACGGAUGCACUUCCCACACAAGAUGUGCAGAUAACUGCAUCUCCAUCCAAACAAGUCAACAAUCACAUUAAACUAAAGUCUCCCGAGCUGUCUCUGAAGGUGUUGUCUAUGGAACUGAAGACGGUGACUGACCCGAUACAACUGGGCGUCUGCCUGGGAGUGAAACAGCAUCACCUGGAGAAAAUAAGGAAAAACAACCCUCAAGACAUAAGACAGCAACAGUUCGACCUUUUCUCGUUUAUUGCCAAGAACUACAUGGUGCUGGGGAUCACAUGGGAGAGGAUUGCUGACGCUCUGGAGGAGUUGGUGGGCAUGGGAGAUUUGGCACAGGAUGUCAGGAGCAAGUAUAACAUUGUCAAACCUCAAACAGUUACUGAAGGACUACCCGCCAAUCGAGUCACUCUCCAAGAACUAGUGAGGAGACACAGUCUGACUGACGAGCAACUCAACAGUGAAAUAGUGGGGUCUGAUAUUCCCUACGUGGCCAAAUAUUUUGAUGGGGUGAUAAUCUAUUCGAGUGCAAUGGGACUGACUCCUUCUGAACUAGCCGAUGUGAAGGAUUUGUCCUAUAGGAAAGGAAUUCAAGUAGCCAUGACUGAAUGCUUGAUUCUCUGGAAAAGACACGAUCCUGUUACAGCAACUCACAAAGCUCUACUGGAGCUGUUACUGAAAUUAAGAAAAGAGGAAAUAGCUGAUCAAAUCUGUCAGCACUUGACUAAAUUAGCUAACAAGGAGCGUAUAUCGGAAGGCUUGUUCAUUUUCAGAAAUAAGCCCAUUGGAAGUGGUGCAUUUGGUACAGUAUUCAGAGGUGAACUGGAUGGUGGUUGUUGUGCAGUUAAGGUCCUUCGCUUAGUUGCUGAUGAAAUUCAAUUACAGUUGCCAACAGCAAGUCUUGCCUCAACAGAUUCUGUUGAGAGGUUUCGUAAAGAAUGUGAAUUCUUUGAGUCAUUUCAACACCCCAACAUUGUCCGUCACCUAGCAACUAAGGAAUAUCCCAAGACGAACCACCUCGUCCUUGCUCUAGAACUGAUGGACUGCAACCUGCGACAAUACUUCAUUCCUCAGGCUGACAAAGAACCCAUCAAGCUCUCACUAGCUAUCCAGACCAGCCUCUGUCAUGACAUAGCCUCGGCACUCGAGUACAUCCACUCACGAGGGGUGGUACACAGGGACCUCUGUGGAGAGAACAUUCUGCUGUCCUGUGGAGGGGAAACCCCCGUUGCUAAAGUGUGCGAUUUCGGAAUGUCUAAAAUCACCAAGAAUGAUACUCAAAGUGUAUCACUGCAAGCAUUCGCUCACAAAGGAUACAUGCCACCAGAAGCUACUGACAUGGAGUCAUCAUCCUAUAACUCGAAAUUUGACAUCUUCUCAUUUGGUGCUCUAAUGGUUCAAAUUGUUCGCCAUCUUCCCACCAUUAAAGACGGAAAAUAUCGUAAAUAUGAAUUGAAACUGAUCGAAGAUGCUCACCCCAUCAAGGAACUUAUAAUAGAUUGUUUAAAUGAGAACAGAGACGAUCGACCAUUAGCUGCUCAGCUAAAGAGGAGACUGGUAUAGUGUUAUGACUGUCAUUGUGUCUAUGGACUAAUGAUUAUUUUAGUCAUGCUAUUUAUUUUUACGAUGAAUAUUCUACUUUUCGUUGA